GAAGCUCCCGGCGGCGCUCUGGCCGUACUCGCUCUAUGGCGCGGCUGACGUUGGACACAACAAAGAUGGCGGCGGGAGGCGGAGGCGGUAGCAGUGGGAGCAGCAACUACUGGGAAGACCUGCGGAAGCAAGCCCGGCAGCUGGAGAACGAGCUGGACCUCAAGCUAGUCUCCUUCAGCAAGCUCUGCACCAGCUACAGCCAUGGCAGCUCCAGAGACGGAAGGCGCGACAGGUAUAGCUCCGACACAACUCCUCUCCUGAACGGAUCGAGCCAAGACCGAAUGUUUGAAACGAUGGCUGUGGAGAUUGAGCAGCUCCUGGGGAAGCUCACAGGGAUCAACGAUAAGAUGUCAGAGUAUGCCAACAGCGCCGGUGUGCCCUCCCUCAACGCAGCACUCAUGCACACCUUGCAGCGGCACAGAGACAUCUUGCAGGACUACACCCAUGAAUUCCACAAAACCAAAACCAACUUCCUCGCCGUCCGCGAAAGAGAAAACCUCCUCGGCUCGGUGCGGAAAGAUAUCGAAUCCUACAAAAGCGGGAGUGGCGUCAACAACCGGCGGACGGAGCUCUUCUUGAAGGAGCACGAACACCUCCGAAAUUCCGACCGGCUGAUAGAAGAAACAAUAAGCAUUGCAAUGGCGACCAAGGAAAACAUGACCUCCCAGCGAGGGAUGAUGAAGUCCAUUCAGAGCAAGAUGAACUCCUUGGCCAACCGCUUUCCGGCCGUCAACAGCCUGAUCCAGCGGAUCAACCUGCGCAAGCGGCGCGACACCUUCAUCUUGGGCGCCGUCAUCGGGAUCUGCACCAUCCUCCUUCUCCUCUACGCAUUCCAUUGACGGACGCUGUGCGCCCGGACCACGAGAGAGACUUUCAGGGGGGCGGGGGGUCGAAAUGGCCGGCCCACUCCCUCCCAUUAAGGCCACGUUCUUAACGGCUUUGGGGAAACCGAGGCAGGAAGCUUAGGCGGGACGCUCUCUCCGUCUCUUCCUUCCCAAGGUGAUGAUGACGGCCUUGUUUAUCCCCUUUCCUCAUUCGCGUUGCUCUGGAGUUUGGGCUCGGUUCCCAUUCUCUGCCCCGGUCUGCAAAGAUCUCCCUUUUUUUUUUUUUUUUUUUUUGGAUUGGGGCUCCCAGUAUCCCCCAGUCCAUGCAGCCAGUUGGGAUGCUGGCAGUUGGAUUUCUUUGUCCGCCCCCCAUCCCCCUCCCCCCCAAAAAACUCCCAGGAAUUUAAUUAAAUCGCUUUGGAAGCUUC